CCGUUAUUUAUAAACAAAGUUGUGUUUGGAUUUUCCCCGGGGUUUAUCUUACCGGUGCAGGAGUCAAAUUUUAAAAUAAGCUUCACUAGAGAGGUGAUUAAACAAUAAUGCUUCAAUUAAGUUCAUGCAUAGUUUAUUUUGAUGGUGAAUAUAAAAGUUAACAACAAAAAACAACACUCCCAGAGCUCACUAUCGACGCUCGGUUCGCUUGUUCGCUUCCCGCAAAUGCAGUGCACUCGUGCCAACACAGUCUGCGCAGUCGCACUAGCUCAACCCAGGUCGUGCCGUUGUCGUCGUCGUCACUCGAAGCAUAACAAUUUCAUUAAUCUGAGUAGAAGCGUGCAGUGAAAAGCAUGUCCGAGCAAAUGGAGCAAGUAGGGUUACCGCCCGGUUGGGACUGUAAAUACGAUUCGAGAACAGGUCGAUACUACUACGUGAACCUGUUCACCAAAACAACGCAAUGGGAGGAUCCGCGGGCCAGGAUUCGUCAGCUGCAAACUGGAGCACCACUUCACAUCUCUAACGACAGCAUUUCCAUGCAGCCAGUGCAUGGUUCUCCCUAUCAUGUGUACCCUUCAAGUAACUCGUUCUAUCCAGCCCAGGCCGCCUUCCAGAAUCCACCCUCCGGGGUACCUAGCCUUACAGCUAGCCCAAACUUUGCCCAAAGAAUGCAACAACAUCAGCAACAACAGCAACAACACAUCGAAAUGUCACCGAUGGUACGUUCCAGCCCACGGAUGGGACUCGGCCGUCAGGGCAUGGUGGAGACAACGUUCACGACGAACGUGACGGCGGCCGAAACCGAUCUAACGGUGGCUAAAAUUAACUCCAUGUUCCCUACCGUACCGGAAACCCACAUCCGGAUGCUGUUGAAGAAGUACUACAACCGAGAAGCGGUCGUUAUAAGCGCACUGCAGGUGGAGAAACAUCCGCUCACGACACCGGGCCCCUACUCAACGCCACCGCUCGGCCAUCGUCCGUUCCACAACACGGCCAUGGGUGUGGUGUCCGCGUUUCAGAUGACACCGGUGCUCGGUGGCGGCCGGAGCGAAAUGUCCAGCUCCCGGACCGGAAGUCCGGUACCGCGGCCGGCCAGCGGUGCCAGCGGUAGCUACGCUGGUGGAUACGGAUCGCCACGCAACGGACCGGCCGACGGGUAUCGCAGCUCACCGAAGCCACAUUCGUCGCCGAAGAUGAAGCUGAGAUACAUGAAGAGCAUCUUUCCGAAGGCGGAAGAAACACUCAUCCUUGACGUGUUGGCCAACGCGGACAAUAAUGUGCAAACCGCUUCCCAGCAGCUGCUCAAGAUGGGCUACGAUAAGCGCGAGCAGCCGAUCCCGCAGCGCAAUGCCGCUUCCCGCAAGGGCACGGGAACGUCGCAGGCAACCGAGGACGAUAAGAAGGAGGAGCUGAAAACACCGACACCGAAGCUAAAGUCACCGGAGGAAAAGAAGAAAAUCAAAUCGCGCCUGCAGACAAAGUACAAGGAUACGCCGGAGAAGAUCAUUCUGAUGGCACUGGAAAGCGUCGACUAUUCGGAGGAGCGUGCCAAGAAGAUACUUAACAUCGUGAUCCAGGAGGACAAGGAUAAGAAGAAGAGCGUCAAAAUUGAGGCACCGCACAAAGCCGAGGAGGAUAAGGAAAAUGCUGCCCGUGGUGGAAGCGCUGGUCCAAGUCGAAGCAAUAGCACCGCUUCAUCACAACCCCGCACACCGCUGGCCAAACGGGCCCACGACGGAGGUGUCCUUGUAUCCACACCGGGAGCAGCAGCAGCAGCAGCAGCAGGAGCUUCCCAGGAUGGCAGUGGAACAACCACGGUAGAUGGCGGCGCUAAGUCAACAGCCGAACAGCACCAGGAAGCAGCAACACCGGCAGUUGUGGCCGCACCGAAAAGCUCCGAUACGAGCUCACCCGGUACGGGUACGGAAUCGUCCAGCAGCGAUACUACGCCCGGCGAUGACUACACAUCAUCCCCGGACUACCCGCCGCUGCGGGAUGUCGGUGCGGCACGGAACGGUGGUGGAAUCGGUGCUGGCAAACAGAGCCGCCCGAAAGCCAAAACCGAUCACGCAAAGUAUUCUAUUUUUAGAACAUCCUCCUCGGAAGACGAAUCCUGCGACCAGGCUGCGGACGGCACCAAGCCGAUGGACGGUAAAUCACCCCAGCUAGCGUCCCGCAUACCGACCAAGGGACCGAACGUGAAGCUGUUCAAGGGACCGAACGAUGAUUUGCUGCUCACCGACUACGUCACAUGGAACGGUGCUAAUCCGGAUCUGGCCAAGGGCAGCCAGAAGAAGGCAACCGGACCCGACCGCACGAUUCGCACCGAGCGCGCGUACAAAGCGCACGGUCCGAAUGGGGAACUGUGCAAGGGCCCGGUUGGGUCGCUGGCGAAGGGCAGCAUGUACACGCAGCUGCUGAAAGCGGAUGUGAAGUGUAACUAGGUGGUGGAAAGCGUAAGAGGCGUCGGUUUUUCCUCCACCACCAGCCCCCUCCCCCCUCCCCCCCAAGGAAUCUAAAAUCCAUCCAAAAUUAACGUGAUGUUUUGAUAGACGUACACUGGUUCGCAUUCCUAGUGGUGACAACAGUGUUUAGAAGCAAAAUUGACUUUGACGAACGUUCGAGCGAUUGAGACAGGGUGUGUGUGUAGGGUUUUUUUACCCACGAUCGAUCGUUUUUCUCUUCUAUCUAGCCAUAUCGUUUCUUGCCAUUCUAUUUUUAAAACUAAUAAUUCCAUUACACUUAAAACGGGUGCCAAUUUUUUAGCGGAUAGUGUUGUUUGACGAUGGCCUAUUAUUUUAACGAUUGACUUAGAUCGUCUUUAGACCCGUGCGCUCAUGAUUUCGUACUACUCAUCACAUUUCAUGUACUAAACCAUUCGUUCAAAUGCGUGUGUGUGUGUAGAUGUGCACAAGAGACGAGACAGCUGUCAUGUGUGUGUGUAUUUGUUUACCAGAAAACGUUACGUUGCUAUAGAAACAGCAUCCAAAGGGUUGUGGCUUGAGCUUUAGCCUGAAUCAUUCCAAAGAAAAGAAAAAUAGUCCGCAAACAAUAGAAAUAUUUAUAAGAACACAUUUCAAUUAGAGCGGCGAGAAGAAGAAGAAAAAAACAAGCGUUACAUUAAAUCUAUUGCUACCGGAACAUACUAUCGUAGUACGCACCUAGCAGACGGCACACACCACCACACACACUAGCGGGGAAGGAGAAUAGAAGCUCGCUCGCACACUUGUUAUUGCAAACCUUAUGAUAAUCGAUAGAGGCGCGAUCAGUUAGGUGCAAUAUUUUUCUAGCAAACGGUUUAGAAACACUCACAAUUCAACACACAAAGAUUAUAUAGGAGUGAAGGGACGACGAGAUCAAUUCCAUUUACCAUAGCAUUGAUACGAACAAAAGUGACGUUUACUACUAUACCUACUACUACUACUACCUAGCAUGAUAGUAAUAUUCCGAUAGACGAUGGACAGCGAGUGUUUGUUAGAUGGCUAGUUUGUUGUUUCGCACCCCGUACCUACUGCGCAUAGACAGACGACCCCCUUGAAAAAAAAAA